CUGGGAUGCCACUAAGCAAAAUGGCUGCUCUCGCGAGGAAUCUCCGCGGUGUUGUCUCGACAACUUUGGUUUUUAACAGACACCUGGCAUUUAGAGCUGCUGCAUUAACUUGCCAACUUCACUGCAAGUGCCCAGGUUCUCAUGAGCGACAUUUUUCGGCUCUGACACAACACACACAGGCCACAACACAAAGUAAACGCAAAUACAGUACUGAACUGGAGGAUCCACAACGUAAUAUAGAAGAAAGAGUAACUGCAGUGUUGGUCACUUUUGAUUUCAUAGAUGCAAAAAAGCUUACAUUAGAGUCAAAUUUUGCAAGUGAUCUGGGUUUGGACAGCUUAGAUCAUAUUGAGAUAUUGAUGGCAAUGUCGGAGGAAUUUGGUAUAGAUAUCCCAGACCAGGAUGCUGAGAGAUUAUUACGCCCUAGAGAUGUUGUAUUGUACAUACUAGAUCAAAUGUCCAAAGCCUAGUGUUGCAGGCAAAUCAGUAGGUAAAUUAUCACAGGUAAAUUAUCACAAACCAACAAAAGACAGGAAUGUGCCUGUAAACAGGAGUCUGCGUGCAGUGAAUGACAUGAACAGAAUGAACAUUUUAAACUACUGCUAAGAUUAAACUGCACUUCUGCGAAUUGGAGAGGGUAUUAUUCCAGGCAGCAUUAUCAACUAACUUCUGAUGCACACUACUAUACUACCAGAACAUUCAAUAGCUAAGCACCUGGGACAUUUUUGAUGGGAACAUUUUAGAUAAAGAAAGCUGAGGUAUUUAGUUACUCUGUGCACACAGUAGUUAUGAGUACACUUUUUGUUGUUUACAUGCAAAAAAAAAGCAGAUCUCAAGACUUAUCUAUCUACUCAAUAGACUUUCAACUUGGGAAUUCAGCCCCCUUGGUGAUGUUGGUUAACAAUUGGAACUACAAAAUGUCGCUGCCAUCUUAUUGCUGAAGAUGUCAACUUCAAAUUGCUUCUGUUGUAAAUAACUAUAUACUUGUUGCAAAUAAAAUAAGCAUGAAGCUGUGUUAUUAUA